CACCCAAACGAUCCCUUUGCCUUCUCUUGAGUGUUAAACCAGAGAGAGAGACCUGAGCAGGACUACAUCCUCGCAGACCUCGAUCCCUCUGCCUCCUCAUAAGCCUUCAGACAAGACCAGCACACGCACCGCCUGCCAACAGGGGCGUCAAACACUCUUUGACAAAGGCAUGGGGACGUGGAGGAAGCUGCUGAUUGGCCUGUUCACCGCCAGCUCCUUGAUCCUUCUCUACCCGUGUGUACACCUGGAGAAGCGUCCAUCCUGGUCCAUACACUCCCGGGAACACCUUCAAGUCUUCGCUCUGGCAGAAAGCAGAAAUGCGAGCAAACAUGAUCAAAACACAGAGAGUCCAGAGAGCGAGCCGUCUGCCCCGGUCCAUGGAGCCUCUGACGGACGUCCAAGUCUUCAUCCAGGGAGCAACUCACAAGUCAGUUCCAGGCCGGUUGAAGGCUCGGACAAAACCAGAACUAGGUUCAGCACCAAAGCUCCCGUAGUGAAGCCUCAGAGACCCACAAAGGCAACCAGGUCAACAAAAGAGCCAGCCUUCAUUGGAGACAGCUACCUGAGUGAAGACAAGCAGCUACAGACACUCUGCUCAGACGGUCUCCAAAGUCGGGUCAAGAAAUCUGAAUUUGGGGAGCGGUAUCUGAACAACAUCCCGGUCCUGAUGCUGGCUAAACACGCGACUCCGGAGCAGUAUAAACGACUAAAGAAGUACACGCCAGUCCACGGCUGGAGCGGGAUCAAUUACAGAAUGCUGGUGGAAACUCUUUCCCUCCUCAACUCUUCUGCUAACUUGCAGAUGUUUGACGACUGGAAGGACCGCAGUAAGAAGUCCGAGUGUAUCCGCUGUGCUGUGGUGGGGAACGGGGGGAUCCUGAAUAACUCAAAGAAAGGGGAGGAGAUCGACAGUCACCACUAUGUCUUCAGGACCAAUGGGGCGAUCAUUAAGGGCUUUGAGCAGGACGUGGGGUCUCGGACCACCCACUACACAUUCACCACCACCACACUGAGUAACUCAUAUAAAAGGUACAAAGGUCUUGGCUUUAAAGGACCCCCUUUGUCUAAGGAAACACGAUAUGUGAUGCUGCCAUCUCAUGAACGUGAUUACCUGAUGGUGAAGGCCGCAGUGACACACACCCGAGUGGAGAGAGGGAUAGACCGGGGACAAGAUCCAACCAACAUGUUUGGAAAGGACGUGUCAGCUAAGAAGUUGAAGAUGCUUCAUCCUGAUUUCAUGCGUUACCUCCGGAACAGAUUCCUCCAUUCUAAAUAUCUGACCGUUAGAAAUGUGAGAAAUUACCGUCCCUCGACUGGAGCUGUGAUGCUGCUGGCUGCACUGCACACCUGUGACGAGGUGAGUGCGUACGGCUUUAUGACUCCGGGCUACGAGAAGUUCUCCAGGUACUACUACGACAAAGGCCGCCGCCCGGUAGGCUUCACCACCAACCACGACCUGAAGAUGGAGCUGGUCCUCUGGCAGCAGCUGCAUCAGGCGGGGCUCAUGAGACUCUACACGCGCGAGUGAGACGCAGAUGACGUCUGCAGAGAGUAGAAAAAAAGUUUACAUUUUACAAAGACCAGGUCACACAAUGCACCUGUGGUUUUUACUGGUGAUGGAAAGGAUAUUAAGGUUGUAAACUCUG